ACUGCUGGAGCCUAUCCCAGCAGUCAUUGGACGGCAGGUGGGGAGACACCCUGGACAGGCCGCCAGACCAUCACACAGGGCCCACACACACACACACAUUCAUACCUAGGGACAAUGUAGUACGGCCGAGUCACCUGACCUACAUGUCUGGACUGUGGGGGGAAACCGAAGCCCCCGGAGGAAACCCACGCAGACACGGGGAGAACAUGCACAAACUCCAUACAGAGGACGACCCGGGACCACCCCCAAGGUUGGACUACCCCGGGGCUCGAACCCAGGACCUUCUUGCUGUGAGGCGAGCGCCCCGUAAAAAGCUAAGUAUUUUAAGAAGUAUAAAUAUUAGGGAAGGCUGCCUGUAUUUGUCCUGAAGGAGUCCCGAGUGGGACGCUGCCGCUGGUGUACGCGGACUGGCGCAGACUGGCGACUUCACGCUGCAGGCAGCGCUGACGGAGCGGAGGAUGCGGCGCGCGCAGAGGGCGUGGCUACGGCAGGCGGGGAGGAGUAACGGUCCCCGCUCGGGAAAGUAUGCCGAGGACCGUUAACCAACUUCUGCCCUCCGAGGGGCUCGUCUCAGAACAGCGCCAGAAUCACCGACGCCAGGGCGGAUUCCCCAGCGCCGCGCCGACGACACAAGCGGAAUAAAGUCGGUAUAUGUUGACGUGCGAGUCGCUUUAUUUCCUCGCGCGGCGGCUUCAUCGUUGAACCGGACCCAGAGUGAAGAAGACGUCGACCAUGCCAGGCGGCGGUGAGUCCGGGUCGGCUGACGGCAAAGCCGCGGAGCCUUCGGCCCGGAAUGAGACGACGGCACCGGGCGCCGAGGCCGCGGCGGGCCGGGGGUGGAAGGGUGUCAACGCCGUGGCGGUGCUGUGGACCUUCGGGAAGUGUCUGGGGGCUUUGUUGCCCGUCUACCUGGCCGGUUACUACCGGGUCAGCACCAGCCUGCUGGCGUUCGGGAUGAUGGUGUACACGGGCUGGAAACACGCCCGGGAGGCCAAGGAGGAGCGCUGGAGAUCAGCCGUGGAGCUGCUGGACCACGAGCAGGACUCCGCGUCCACGUCCGGCAAAGUGGCGAGAGGCAAACGGGACGGCUCUGCGCGGGUUAACAUUCCAGAUAUGGAGAAGGUUGAGUGGCUGAACAAGGUGUUGCUGCAGGUGUGGCCAUUUGUCGGCCAGUACCUUGAGAAGUUGCUGGUGGAGACUAUUGCGCCAUCUAUCCGAGCAUCCAGCUCCCACCUGCAGACUCUCAGCUUUACUAAGGUGGACAUGGGGGACAAGCCCAUGAAGGUUGUAGGGAUCAAGGCACACACAGAGAAUGACAAAGGACAAGUCUUGCUUGAUGUCUAUAUCAGCUAUGUGGGUAAUGUGGAGAUAAACGUGGAAGUGAAGAGAUACUUUUGCAAAGCAGGAGUCAAAGGAAUACAGCUAUACGGGAUGAUGCGGGUCAUCCUGGAACCCCUGAUAGGAGACGUGCCAAUAGUGGGCGCAGUCACGAUGUUUUUCAUCCAAAGGCCGAAACUGGACAUCAACUGGACUGGACUGACUAACUUGCUGGAUAUUCCUGGAUUGAAUGUCAUGUCUGACAGCAUGAUAAUGGACGCUAUCGCCGCCUUCCUGGUGCUGCCUAACCGUCUGACGGUCCCUUUGGUUCCAGACCUGCAUGUGGCCCAGCUGCGUUCCCCAUUACCCAGGGGUGUGGUACGCAUCCACCUGCUGGAAGCAGACAAUCUAGCAGCCAAGGACAACUACAUAAAGGGGGUAAUAGCAGGCAUGUCUGACCCUUACGCGAUAUUAAGAGUGGGCCCCCAGACGUUCACCUCCAAACACAAAGACAACACCCUGUGUCCUAAGUGGGGAGAACUGUACGAGGUUAUAGUCCACGAAGUGCCUGGUCAGGAGUUGGAGGUGGAGGUCUAUGACAAAGACCCAGACCAGGAUGAUUUCCUGGGAAGGACCAAGAUGGAUUUGGGCAUUGUAAGGCAAUCCUUAGUGGUCGAUGAUUGGUUCACUUUGAAAGAUUCCCAUUCAGGGAGAGUCCAUCUCAGACUGGAGUGGCUGGCCUUGCUGCCCAGCACAGACCGACUGGAGGAGAUUCUGCAGAGGAAUGAGAGCAUGAUCAACAAGACAUCUGGCCCACCUUCUUCUGCCAUCUUGGUUGUGUAUCUGGAUAAGGCUGAGGCACUUCCUAUGAAGAAAGGGAAUAAGGAACCCAGUCCCAUGGUGCAAUUGUCUGUGCAAGACAUCACCAAAGAAAGCAAGACUUGUUACACAACCAUCAAUCCAGGGUGGGAGGAUGCCUUCACCUUCUUCAUCCGGGAUCCACACAAACAGGACAUAGACAUUCAGGUGAAGGAUGUGGACCGCGUGCAGACUUUGGGCAAUCUGACCAUCCCUAUGUCCCGCCUGCUGUCCAGCCCUGGCCUGUCUAUGGACCAGUGGUUCCAGCUGGACAACUCUGGACCUGCCAGCCGUAUCUACAUCAAUACAGUACUCAGGGUCCUGUGGUUGGAUGAGGAGCAUAUUUCAGCAAAUACGUCGACUAACCUUGAGGCAAGACUUGUGAAACAGCUUCCACAGCAGACUAGCCCACAUCCCAGCUUUGCCACAGAGGGGCUGCUCAGAAUUCAACUUUUGGCAGGCCAGGAUCUGGUUCCUAAAGACAACAUGAUGGGAGGCAUUGUGAAGGGAAAGAGUGACCCCUAUGUCAAGAUCAAUAUUGGGGGAGAGACGUUCGUGAGUCAGGUUAUCAAGGGGAAUCUCAACCCCACCUGGAAUGAGCUGUAUGAGGUGGUUCUGACCCAGCUGCCUGGUCAGGAUCUGCAGGUGGAGGUAUUCGAUAAAGACAUGGACAUGAAAGAUGAUUUCAUGGGCAGGCUGAGGAUCAAUCUGAAGGACAUCAUCGAAUCUCAGUACACUGACCAGUGGUACACCCUGGCUGAUGUGAGGUCCGGUCGGGUUCACCUGGUAUUGGAAUGGGUUCCAACAUCCUCAGAGCCAGACAGACUGAACCAGGUUCUUCAGUUCCAUUCCAGACGGUCGUACCAAAACAAGGCAGUCCCCUCAGCUGGCCUGCUGUUUGUGUUUAUCGAGCAAGCGGAUGGGCUACCUCUGAAAAAGAGCGGAAAGGAGCCAAAAGUGGGAGCUGAGCUUAUUAUUGGACAAACCUCACACAAAACUACAGUGCAUGAUCGCACUUCUUCACCCCAGUGGAACGAGGCAUUCCAUUUCCUGGUUCACGACCCCAGAGAGGACAUUCUUGUAGUUAAGUUGUCUCAUUGCUGGACAUUGCCCAUUGGUUCCCUGGUGGUUCCUGUCAGAGAUCUGCUGUCAGAACCACAGCUGGUCCUGGACCAGUGGCUACAUCUGGAUGGAGCCUCACCAGAGAGUCAGAUCCUACUGAGGGCUGAACUUAAGAUGCUGAUUCCAAGCAAGUGCCCCGCCCCACCCUCUGCUCCUCAGCCCUCCACUGCUCAGCCAAAACUGGAGACAGACAAAGUGCAGAGGUCAAGUUCAGUAAACCCUCCUAUCAUAGAGACCUCUGUGAUUCCAGCCUCUCUAUCUGAGGAUGCUGAGGUACAAGAAACAGCUGCUGGUGUGGUGCAAGAGGAAGAGGAAGAAGCCCCUUCUAGCCCUUCUAUAGCCCUGCCAACACAAACUUCUCCGGACCACACCUUUGGCAGUGAGGGGGUGCUUAGAAUCCACCUGCUGGAGGCCCAGAGUCUGAUAGCCAAGGAUAACCUGAUGGGCGGCAUGGUGAAGGGCAAGAGUGACCCCUACAUCAAGAUCAACGUCGGGGGGAGCACGUUCAAGAGUCACGUGGUCAAGGAGAACCUCAACCCAACCUGGAAUGAGAUGUAUGAGCUUGUCCUGAGGCCUCAGUCAGGACUGGAGGUGCAGCUGGAGGUGUAUGAUAAAGAUUUGGACAAAGAUGAUUUUCUGGGCAGGCUUAGCGUCAGUGUGGCAGACAUCAUCCAGUCACAGUACACCAACCAGUGGUUCCCACUGAGUGAUGUCAAGUCUGGUCGAGUCCACCUGAUACUGGAGUGGGUUCCAACAGUGCAUGUAAAAGACACGCUGAACCAAGUGCUGGAGCUCCAGUCUAUUCAGGCUUAUCAGAACAAGGCUGUUCCCUCAGCUGCCCUGCUCUUCGUCUGCAUUGAGAGAGCACACUCAUUGCCUUUGAAGAAGAGCGGAAAGGAGCCCAAAGCUGGAGCCGAGCUUGUUCUUGGGAGCACAACAUACAGAACAAAGGUGUGUGACCGUUCCACGUCACCUCAGUGGGAUGAGGUAUUCUACUUCCUAGUUGUUGACCCCAGGGAGGAGAUGCUCAUGGUGAAGUUGUCUAGUGGCUGGGAGCAGCCAGUGGGCUCCCUGGUGCUUCCUGUCAGGGAACUGCUGUCUGAACCACAGCUGGUCCUGGACCAGUGGUUCCAUCUGGAUGGAGCCUCACCAGAGAGUCAGAUCCUCCUGAGGGCUGAACUCAAGAUUCUCAACUCAAAGAUGACUGAAGCACCACAGAGACCUUUGAUCAGUCCUGAAGAAGAUGAGCAACUCAUCACCACGGACCAGUGGGUAGCAGCAGCCACUGAGGAGGAUCAGCGUUGUGAGCUGCCAUCAGAUGAGUGUGGAACAGUGUCCAGUCUGGCUGAAGAGGCGGCCGAGUUUGAAAAGGUUGCAGUGGCCAGCAUAGAAGAGCCUGGUGCUGCUGAGCCAGUUGCUACAGGCAGCCCUCCUGAAACCUGCCCUGUGAGCCCACAGGUGGAGGAGCUAACAGAGGUGGAGGAGCCCAAAGAACAGUCAGUGACACCAUGGCAGGUGCCAUCUGAGAGGAGUGGUAUAAAUGACCUUGCCCAGGCCGUGGUGACUGGUCUUCCCUCUGACCUUGUACCGGAACUGUCAGAGGUCCAAGAAGAUCUCAGACCUGCUGCAGUGUUACCCCCACACACCACCCCUAGCCACGGCUUUGGUAGUGAGGGGGUGCUGAGAAUCCACCUGCUGGAGGCCCAGAGUCUGAUAGCCAAGGAUAACCUGAUGGGCGGCAUGGUGAAGGGCAAGAGUGACCCAUAUGUCAAGAUCAGUAUUGGGGAGGUCACGUUCAAGAGUCAUGUGAUCAAGGAGAACCUCAACCCAACUUGGAAUGAGCUGUAUGAGCUGGUGGUGGCUGCUGACCAAACUGUCCAGGAAAUCCAGUUCGAGGCUUAUGAUAAAGAUCUAGACUCUGAUGACUUCCUAGGCAGGUUCAGUAUUGGGCUUAAUGACGUCAUCAGAUCCCAGUACACAGACAAGUGGUACACUCUGAAGGAUGUGAAGUCAGGGAGGGUCCACUUGAUUCUGGAGUGGGUUCCCACGGUCUCAGACGCAGGUAGACUUGAACAGGUGUUUCAGCUCCAGUCUUCCCAGUCGUACCAGAACAAGGCGGUUCCCUCUGCGGCUCUGCUUUUUGUCCAUGUGGACAGAGCACACUCGCUGCCUUUGAAGAAGAGUGGAAAAGAACCCAAAGCGGGGGUCGAACUUGUUCUUGGUCAAACAACCUACAGGACCAAGCUGUUUGAGCGGUCUACUUGGCCUCAGUGGAGUGAGUCAUUUUACUUCACGGUCCUGGACCCUAAACAGGACAUGCUCAUCAUAAAGUUAUCCAGUGGCUGGGACCAGCCAAUGGGAUCUCUUGUGGUCCCCUUCAGAGAAGUUCUGUCUCAACCACAACUGGUCCUGGACCAGUGGUUUGACCUGGAUGGAGCCUUGCCUGAGAGUCAGAUCCUACUGAGGGCUGAACUCAAGAUUCUGGAUUCAAAGAUGGUGGAUAUGAUCAGUACAGACACUCUGCCCUGUGCUGCUGUUGGCUGUGAAAAUGGGCAGGUGAAGCUGUCUGUGUCCUACGCAUCACAGGAGGAGAAGCUCAUUAUCGUUGUCCACGCCUGCAGGGGUCUGCCAUCUCAAAAUAAGGAUGGUGUAGACAGCUAUGUCUCCCUCUUGCUGCUGCCUGACAAAAGCAAGGCCACCAAGAAGAAGACAGCCGUGAAGAAGAGAGACCUCAACCCUGAGUACAAUGAGAGGUUCGAAUACAAUCUCUCUCUGGAGGACACCAGGUUCAGGCGCCUCAGUGUAUCGGUAAAGAACAGCUCUGGCUCCUUCAGGAGCCAAGAUAUUCUUGGACAGGUGCACAUCGAGCUGGCUCAGAUUGACCUGGUCUCUGGUGUCACAGACUGGUUUGAUCUGAAGGACGACGCUGAAUAGUGGACCUUCCCACUGGCAAUGUGAUGACGGUCUCACUAUCUGUCUAUCCGCCGGACAUCCGUGGGGUGUCCUCAGCUUGUACCACUGCUGCAACUCACGCUGAUGCCUUGCCCCGCUCCCGGAAUACACGCCACUCCGGCAUCCGCCUGCAUAGAUCUGAUGGUAUUUACAUGCCGAUACUCUAUAUUCACGCACAUACUCGCCAAAGACCGGUAGCUUUAAAUGCCGGGUUCUGACCAGGAUCAAGUACGAGUGAGGGCUCCACGCCUUGGUUUUGUUUGAAGACUUAAUGAAGAUGAAACAGAGCUGCGACAUUCAGUCUGGCAAAGCAAGAGUAAGUGGAUCAGUAAAGAUAUUUAGUGAAAAGGAAAUGUCCUCUGGGUCCAGGAGUUGUUUUGUCCUCAGACCGUCUGGUUUGAAGUGCAGUAAUGAGGCCCGUCAACCUUCUCUUGUAUUCAGCCAUGUCUGCAGGUGUAUUCAGCCAUGUCUGCAGGUGCACGUCAGUAUUUGAGUGUUUAGUACGAGAGGCUACAGGUCUGUUAUUUUUUUGUAUAUCGUAUUUUUUUCUUUUUUCUUUCAAAUCCACAUUGAUGUGUUUGGAAUUCUGUUGAUUUAAAUGAAUUGUAUAUUUUUUUCUACAAUUAAGACAUGUAUGAGUUUGGCCCGUGUCAGUGGUGGUGUUGUGUUUCUUAUCGUUGUGUAUGUCUGCAGAUAUAACGGAUCAAAUCGGAUGUGAUGUUUGCGGAAAAUUACAGUAAACCGAUUUUGCUCAUCUCAAUGGUCUUUGUAUUUGUUCAUCCAUCAUCCAAACCACUUAUCCUGCUCUCAGGGUCGCGGGAUGCUGGAGUCUAUCCCAGCAGUCACUGGGCGGCAGGGGAGGAGACACCCUGGACAGGCCAACAGUCCAUCACAGGGCCCACACACACACACACACACACACACACACUGUUGUGUCCUCAUUUCACGCCCAUUCACUCAACUAGACAGACAGCUAACAGCUAACACAUCCAAUGAACUUCAGAGGCAAGAUGUAGUUUCCAGGCUUUUACUUGUCUUCAGUUCAGCAAUGGAAUGUUAUUCUUUUUUGUAAAACUGCAAACAAACAAAAUGUAC